AAGCCACGCGCCAGUCUGGGAACCAAGACAAGAUGGCGGAACCUGAAGGUGGUACUGUGCAGCCGGCUGAAGUUCCAACGGCCCUAGUUUCCUUUGGCUUCACUCGCACGUCUACCCGGAGGCGGCUGGCUUACCUGGGAGCCGGCGAAGGGCCGGCCGGAGAAGAGAAAGAUUUCUUGAAGACUGUGGAAGAGAGGGAGCUGCAGAGUGUGAACUCUCCAGAAACCCCCAAGGAACUGGUCAUCCCGUUGAUCCAGAAUGGCUCUCGCAGGCAGCCACUGGCCCAGACCCCUAAGCAAUCCUCUGAAACUAGGGCUGUGCCGGUGUCGGAUGGUGUGCUGUCUCUGGCUGUGAAAGAGCUCAUUGAGGAAUCCAAGAAGUCUCUGGAGGACAGAGAGAAUGCAAGUGUUGACCCCACGCUCACUAUCCCCAUGAUCCAGAAAGGAUGCACCCCCAGUGGGGAAGGGACAGACAGCGAACCCCAGGCUGAGACAGUGCCAGAGGAGGCUGACUAUGAAGCAGUGCCUGUGGAGGCCUAUGGGUUGGCCAUGCUUCGGGGCAUGGGAUGGAAACCUGGCGAGGGCAUUGGCCAUACUUUCAAUCAAGUAGUGAAGCCCCGAGUCAACUUGCUGAGACCCAAGGGGUUAGGACUGGGUGCCAACCUGUUAGGGGCCCAGGCCUUGACCUCCGCUGGCUCCUACCACCUGUCAAGACCACAUGGGGAGCAAGAGAAAGAUAAGGAAGGCCAGCCUCAAGGGUUGGUGCCUGGAGGAGCUGUGGUGGUCCUUUCUGGCCCUCACCGAGGCCUGUAUGGGAAGGUAGAAGGCCUUGAUCCUGACAACGUACGUGCCAUGGUUCGGUUGGCAGUAGGCAACCGCAUUGUUACCGUUAGUGAGUACUGCCUGCAGCCUGUCUCACAGCGGGAGUUUGAUAGCAACGCCUUGCAUCCAGGUCAAGCAAGGAAAACUCCCACAGAGCAACAAAACAGUACAACCUUGUCAUCAAAGGCCCACCAGAAUCAGGAUCUCACCAUCCAGGAGGACUCAGAGUGGAGGAAGAAGGAUUCAGAGAGGAAGCGGAAACACCCUCCAGACCGACAGGAUAGACCUGUGGCCAAGAGUGAGAAAAUAGCCCCCAGGAAGAAGCACUGGUUGCACAGAGACCUGCGUGUGCGGUUCAUAGACAAGUUGUAUAAGGGUGGCCGAUAUUACAACACAAAGAUGACAAUUGAAGAUGUCCCAAGCCCAGAUACCUGUGUGUGUCGGACAGAUGAGGGCCGAGUUCUGGAAGGCCUGAGAGAAGACAUGUUGGAAACCCUGGUUCCCAAGGGAGAGGGCAACCGUGUGAUGGUGGUACUGGGUCCACAUGCUGGAAAGGUGGGACUUCUUAUGAGUCGGGACAGAGCACGGAGUUGGGCUUUGGUACAACUUCGAAGAGAGAAUCAGGUGGUGGAGCUCUACUAUGAUGCCAUAUGCCAGUACAUGGGUCCUGGUGACUCAGAUGAAGACUGACAACAUUAGACCACUACCAUCACUCAAGCUGUGUAGUAAUCUAUAACAGAUGCCUUUGUGAAGAUGGGAGAUAAUCAUUCCAUCCUCCCUCGCAGGUCAGGGACAGGGGGAUGAGUAAAUGUACCAGAGUUUUACCAAAAUUUAAAGUAUAAUAAAAACCAUUUUAAAUACUUCA